AUGCUGUGCUACCGGAAGCGCACGAGAAAAGAGCUGAGGGAGGUGGCAUGGGACCAGUGGUUGUCAAGUCCUAUCCCUAAGGCUGGGUGGUCGCCAUUUGCGUACAACGUCUCAGGCGGCCAGAAGCAGACGCUAAGGUAUCCCAAGCACGUCAAGGGCCACAUCACGGUGUUCCCAAACAACGUACAAGAGCUGGCGACGGACGUGCUGCCGCACCCUCUCUUCCAGGUAAUGGACGAGAUCCACGUCUCGUGGCAGGGGGCGCUAAGGCCGACACCGAGCGAUCUGUCGAGUCUCCUAUCGAGAUGGAGCUGGGGAGACCCGGCCCACGGGGUGCCGCCGUUGGUGUACGAGCGCCUGGAGCGGAACGAGCCGUCGGCGUGGGAGAAGACGCGGACGGCGCACGUCGCCGCCCACGGAGCGGGCCAUGGACGACGAGGGGCGGUGGAGAUCGAAGAAGUCCUCGCCAUGCUCAACCAAGGGGAAAGCACGACGAGUCGCGAGGCCGGCGAGCCAGAGGCAAGCGAGGUGGACGAGGUGCGUGGUCAGAGCUGCGGCGAGGCCGAUGAUAAUGCGAAGACGGUCAACGAGGUGACCUCGUCAGGGAUGUUUGCGUUGGACGGACCGCCCGACGUGGCCGACGUCGACAAGCUGCGCAUGCUGAGCGUGACGAGGAAGAACUUCCGCAAGGUGGAGCGCAUCGUACGGUCGCUGACCGCAGACGGGUUAGCGGCAGCUAGAGCCGAGCUGGAGAGCACAGGCAAGACGACCGACGACGGCGUGAAAGAGCUUCUCAGGAGCCUCUCGCUCUAUGGCUAUCGUCAGCCCAUGUCGAGAGAGCUCCGUCUCAGUAUGCGGCACAAGAUCCUGGCGCUCAUCGUCCGCUACGGCGUGCCUGCGAUCUGGUUCACGAUCAACCCAAACGACAUCACGAACCCGGUGAAGCUCCGACUGGCAGCGUACCGCACGCGCGACCCUGAGGCGGCCGAGGAGUUCCUGCGGAGCCUCGAUAUGUCGUUCAAACGGGUGAGGCUGUCCGUCUCCGACCCGAUGAGCUCAGCCAUGUUCUUCCACCGGGAGAUGACGCUGUUCUUCGAGCAUUACGUAAAUGCAGGGGAGUCGGUGUUCGGGCGCAUCGGCCACUACUACGGUGCCGUGGAGACCAACGAACGAGGAUCCCUUCACGUCCACGGGCUGCUCUGGUUACACGGAAACGCGCACCUGAGCUCCAUGCUUUCCGACGCCCACGGGGAGGAGCAGGCGGCGUACCGUGAGCGAAUCAUCCGCUAUGUCGAUAGCGUCUUCUGUGAGGACUUGGACCAGGAAGGCUUCUGCGCCGUGCAGGCGGAGCGUUCGGUGACGUCUGACGUCUCAUCCCUGCUGGACAGUGCCGAGCAGUUCUCGGCCGGAUUCGAAGAGGAAGCCAACUUCUGCGCCGGCGCGACGCAGAUCCACACCCACAGCCCGACAUGCGUCAAGACGCAUCCCAUGGUGAAUCGGUGGAACAAGGCCAUCGCCGUGGGGCUCCGCCACAACCACGACAUCUCCUUCAUAGCGACGCAGCGGAAGACCAUGGCUCUCGUCUAUUACGUGACGAAUUACGCGACCAAGGUAGAGGACCCGACGUGGAAGCGCGUCGCCGCGGCCGCGGAACUGCUGCCCGUCGUCGCAGCAGGUGGCCAGCCGGGUGCCAGGGAGGAUGCCGGAAAUGGCGUCGUCGGCGGCGACGACGGAACCAAGAAUAAUAAGACGCGGCAGUUUCUGAUGAGAGUGGCGAACAGGAUAUUCACGGAGCGCGCCCUGUCGCAAGUCGAGGUCGUCGCCCAUCUCCUGGGAUACCCGAGCGAGUUCACGAGCAGCAGCGCCUGGGCGUACCUGAACGUGUCGGUGCUCUACUGGCACGUCUCCAGGCGCUGGCGACACCUUCGGCAGGAGAGCGGCACCGCGGUCGCAGACGUGUCCGUGGACGAGUCGGUCGCCGUGGAGGAAGCAGGCGAGAGGAUCAGCUUCGCCGAGGCGUACCAUCAUCGCGGACACGUCCUACGAGGCUUGUGCCUAUAUGACUAUGUUUCGCUCGUCAGGCUCCAACGCGUCGGCAAGGACGGGUGCUCCGGUGCCUGGGGAGAGGUGCCUUCGAGAGCGGCUGGGUGGCCGGCAAAGACUGGGUGCAGCAAGGAUUUCGAGCAAGACGACGAGGAACAAUGCCACCGCCGAGCAGCCGUGCAGCAUCUUGCCCUAUUCGCGCCGUGGGAGACCUUUCUUAGCGAAGAGCGAGGCGACAUCAACGAGAUAUGGAGGCGCGCACGAGAGCGGCUUCCGCCAAGAACCUCGUGCCUCGUCGAUAACGUUCAACUACUCCGGCGGUCCGCCGAGGACGCAAAGCGAGACGCCAAGCAAUGGGCAGCGUCGUCCGGCGACGGGGAUCCGGCCGGCGCACCUGGCGAUUGGGGAGGAUGGGGAGGGGCCGGGCGAGGCGGACCGCGAGGCGGGAUCCGCGUACCAAAGCGCGACCGGCGCGAACCAGAUCACGGCGGGGUCGCGGGAGCUUUCGGGAAUGAUGCAGCAGCUCUCCGCUUCCAGCAAUCAGCGCUAGCCUCGACGGCCGAGCUCCGGGCCACCGUCGUGACCGAACGGGUGGGGGCACAUCAACAUGCCCGGGCAGGUGUUCCCGGGGCUGCAGUGCCGCCGCAGGAUCAGGUCAAGGCCAUCAAGUCGCAGCAGACAUGCGCCUCCAGAGAGGCGGAGCGGAGCGUGCUCGCCGGCUUCGGGGAGGAAGACGUCCAGGUGACGCGAGUGGAAACCGAGGAGAGGGCAGGUAACGCGGAGGCCGGCAUGGAAGUCCGCCUCGGCCCAUCCACCUCCUUUCACGAGGCCGGGAAAGACUUGACAAGACGAUUGACGCUAAACAAGAAGCAGGCGAUUGCCUUCUCCAUAAUAUGCCGCCACCUGGACUCGAUGCGGCAAGGAGACGGAGGCGACGUCAGCCAGCUCUGUCAGUUCGUCGGCGGCGAGGGCGGCACCGGCAAGUCGCGCGUCAUCGAAGCACUCGCGGAGCGGUUCGUCAACGGCCAGUCUCGGAUGGACUGGCAGGAUAAGGACAUGCUCGUCAUCGACGAGGUGAGCAUGCUCGGCGCGCGGACGCUGCACGCCUUCCGCCCGGUCCAGGAGAGGUCGAUCCUGCUGCCGAGCGCGGCCGUCUCGUGGGACGAGGACAACUCGUUCAGGGCCGAGCAGCGCCACCAGCACGACAAGGCGCACGCGCUGUGGAGGCGGUUCACGACGGCCGUCAUGCUGGACGAGCAGAUGCGCGCCGCCGGCGACCCGGAGCUGCAGCGGCUGCUGAAGCGGAUCCGCGGGGGCGUGCAGGACCACACGGACCUGGAUCUCCUCAACUCGAGGUGCCACCGGGAAGGCAGGCGGAUCCCGUGGGAGACGGGCAUCACCGUGGUGACGCCGCUCAACAGGAAUCGGUGGAACCUCAACAUGGAGGCGAGCCUGGCGUUCCAGAUCCAGCAGCGGUCGACGGUGCGCAUCUUCCUCUCCGAGCACAAGUGGAAGGACGGCCUGCCGACCGAGGAAGAGGCCAUCAUGAUGCUGAACCAGGGCGACGACAGCGCGAUCCCGGUGCCGGCCGUCUUCAUGUUCGUGCCGGGGAUGCCGGUCGUCGUGAACCACAACACCCACCAGGGGCUGAAGCUGGUGAACGGUGCUAGCUACACGGCGGUGGAGGUCAUCGUCGACAAGGCGCACCCGGGGCAUCGGAUCUCGGCCGACAUGACGAUCCACUUCGGGCCGCCGGCGGCGAUAAUACUGGGGUCGAAGACGACCAAGGACUUCCACUUCGUCGGGAUGCCGCCCGGCACGAUCCUGCUGACGCCCAUGAGCGUCAGGAUCCAGUGUCAACGGAAGCGACCGUGGCAGCAGAACGACGUCAGCCGAAAGGGCCUGCCGUGCGCCGCCGCUUUCGCGUGCACGGAUUACAAGGUGCAGGGGGGGACGCUGGAGCGCGUGGCGCUCGAGCUGCGGGGGACGAGGACGACAAACGUCGGCGGACGCGCCGUCCCGUCGCAGUGCGACCCGUACAGCCUAUACGUGCAGCUGUCACGGUGCCCGACGCUGGACGGCAUCAUGCUCGUGUCGAAAGUGCGAGAGAGACCUAGUGGGAAACCGGGUCCCCGGGGAGAUGACCGCCGCACAAGCGAGGCUGGAGGAACUGAGCGAUAG